CUCCGCAGCAACUCAAAACUCUCCGCUUCUGCUGUCAUCAGUCUGUACUGAUUUGGAUUUCAAACACCAGGAUUCAGUGAUUUUGUGAUGACAGUUACAAACGUCUUCCAGUAUUCAUUCAGAUUAUCCGUAUCAAGAUUCUGAGCGGCUUUCCUUUCGAGCUCGAAACAACAUUCAAAGUUGGUGUUUAACAGAACAAGCUGAUGAAUCAAAGUGGUGCCAAAGCAGAAUUUGCCAGCUUUGCCUGCAGAUUUACUCUUGUGAGUGAAAGGAAGAUGGGAACUUUGGAAAAAUGGUCACAAUGAUGCCUUCAGUGUCCUGUGGAAUGGAAAUUCCAGAGUAAUGGCGAACAGAGAGCACAGCUCCGUGGAUGAGCAGGUCCCAGCUCCUCAGGAACGAGGUCUGCUCCACAUCUGGCAGUCAGGGGGUCACAGUGAGCAGUUGUGUCCAGACAGAGUGCUGCUGCCCAAACCUGUGCUGCAGGUCACACUGGGAGAUCAUCAUGGACUCCUGCUGACGCAGGGUGGUCUGGUGUACUCUUUUGGGAUGCAGGCGUGGAGACGAGAUCUGAGCAUCCCCGUCACUGCUCCGUUAUUGGAGGUCUCUCUGCUGGGACGGACUGUGGUCCGCGUUGCUGCAGGCAGCUUCCACUGUGGAGCAGUGAGCGAACAGGGCAGCGUCUUCAUGUGGGGGGACAACUCUGCAGGACAGUGUGGGCUGACCGACAAGGGCACAGCCACACACAUCGCAGAGCCACAUGUUGUCAGCGUGGUGGACAACGAAGUUGUGCCUCCAGCUGUGGUUCGAGUCCUGGAUCUGGCCUGUGGAUGUGAGCAUAGUCUGGCUCUCUCAGCCCAGAAUGAGCUGUGGGCCUGGGGCACUGGUUGCCAGCUUGGCCUGGUCACCAGCACCUUCCCAAUAUGGAAACCACAGAAGGUUGAACACUUGGCAGGUCGAAAUGUGAUCCAAGUGGCAUGUGGUGCUUAUCACAGUCUGGCUCUGGUUCAGAGUUUGCAUCCUCAGAAUGGCAACAUCCAGAAUCCCUCUGAGCAGAAGGUUCCAGGCCCGGUGCCACUUUUCUCAAUAACUCAGAAUGGCGAGCCAUUUGCAGCUGAGGAUUCUCACUACUGUCCACUGGGAGUGGAGCUAACAGACGGGACAUCCACGGAGGCCAGUCCCAGCAGAAGAGGAUCCAGACAGAGUCUUCAGGCUGGCAGAAGGUUAACCGCCAGCAGCAGCCCUGGUUCUGGAGCCGGUCUAUGUUGUCAAGAUAACAGAACUAGUACUAAAAGCACCCACCUCGAGCUGUGUGACCGUGCCGACUCUCAAGCUCAGACUGGCCGCGUUAAAUCCCACCCACGGUCAGGCUGGAGAGCUACAAACCCAACAUUCACCGAUGAGACAGAACUCCAGAACCUCCUCCAGAAACUCUCUGGCUACUCGCUGGAGAUGCAGCAAACCACAGGAACAGCAGACACCAGCUCACUGAGCAGUCACACUUCAGAUGACAGUUUUGUGUCUUCAGUACCAGAAUCCUCCAUGGAUCUGUUUGAAUCCAGUGGUGCCACAUCCAGCUGCUACGGCUCGCCAGCACGCGUGGACGAGGUUCGGAUUUGCCUGGAGGAGAAGCAGAUGGGCCAGAAGAGCUCAAGUCUAACAGAUAUAAACUGGAAGGAGAAUAAAGCAGUUCAGAAAAGACGGUCUUUGCCUGGAACCCCCAUGCAUGGUUCUCCACAGCAGAGGCGUCUGCGUAACUGCAGGUCGUCUUCUGUUGGUCGGGCGUCGAGUGGGUCAUCAGAGCAGGCUGCAGGCGGGCUGCCGUCUCUGGACACAGAGGUGUGGAGCUGGGGCCGCGGGUCCGAGGGACAGCUGGGCCACGGAGAUCAGCUUGCCAGACUCCAGCCUCUGUGUAUUAAGUGUUUGAAAGGUGAGAAAGUGAUCAAAAUCACUGCAGGUUCACAUCAUUCUUUGGCCCUCAGUGCCAAAUGUCAGGUGUAUUCAUGGGGAAGCAAUGUGUGUGGACAGCUCGGCCAUGUCAACAGUCCUGUUACUGUACCACAGCCCCUUCAGCUGUCUGAGGGAGUUCGGGUUUGGGACAUCUCAGCUGGCCAGAGCCACUCCCUCCUCUUGGCUGAUGGAGACUGUGUCCAGCCAAUCCUGUUCUACUGUGGUCGGCAACAGGUGCCACGACCAGGGAUGAGACAGAGUGAGAGCUCACGCCAAGGUCAAAAGUCAUGUCAGAGGUCACCCAAAAGGACAGAGAGUUAUACAGUCAGAGCCAUGCUGCUCCCCGUUUGCAUGGAGAUGGGAUAUAUUAGCAGCGUGUGCAGUGGCGGUGAAACCUGUGCAGUGCUGGCAGACCAGAACGUUCAGGGUUUUAUCUCGGCGAUCCACGAGCUGGCUUCCAGAGAAAGACUCUUCUACUGCUGGUUGAGCAGCACCAAGAAACUCCUUCUCACUCCACUAAGCAGCAGAGAGAGUGUGAGUCCAUCAUUCGGUGAGCCGUGCUGUCAUCUGUUCUCCAAUCUCUGUGAGAGUUUUGGUCGCAUGACUGUUCUGAUUGGUCAACAUUCCACAUCGCUCAGCAACUUCCUGCAUAAUAUCCAGGGCUGUGAUGUCACAUCCCUUCCUCUGGUGACCCACACGGAACACUUCCUGGAUGUUUAUAAAGAGUAUUGUUCUUCAGUGGGUAACUUUGAGGUGAUGGGUGGAUUUCAGUCUCUCCAAAAGGUUUCAGAUGAGGUUUUGGGUGCACAGCAGACCUGGUUAGCUCAGCUGUGUGCAUCAGAGCAGCGUGGCGGCGGCGGUGAUGAUCUGGUUUCGUUGUUCUACUGGCCCCUGCAGCAGCUACACCAGUACAGCCGAGUCCUGCUCAAGCUGGCGGUUUGCUAUGAUGUGCUAACCGCAGAUUACCAGUUCCUCUAUCAUGGGUACUGUCAUUAUGAGUCAUUGUCUUUGUCCCUGUUGAGAAAAAAGAAGGAAGCUGAAACCACAUUAAUCUUCUGGAAGACCCACUCUGGAAAACAUGCUGAGCUCUUGCGCCUCCCAGAGCGUCGAGUGGUUUGUGAAAGCAGCAACAGAUCUCUGACUCUGCAGAAUGCUGGCCGGUUUUCCAACCAUUGGUUCAUAUUGUUCAAUGACUCACUGGUGCACACGCAGGGAACCAUUCCCUCUCAGAACUUUUUCUCCACACAUCACGUUUAUCCACUUCCCUGUCUGUGGGUGAAACCCGUCACUGAAAACAGCAGCGGACUCUAUGCCAUCAAAAUUACUUGUCCAGAGGAGAGUUUCACCCUGGUGGCAUCAACACCGCAGGAGAAGAACAAGUGGCUGCAUUCUCUGAACCAGGCAGUUGACCAAGUGUUGGGCGGAGGAGGUCAGGGGUCAUCACCGGGACUAACGGCGCUGUCACGCACAGCCGCCUAUACGUUCACCGGAGAGGGACGAUUCAAAGGUGCCCAGUACACUGGGGGCUGGCUUGCCGGACAAGUUAAUGGCAGAGGAACUAUGAAGUGGCCGGAUGGACGUAGCUACAGUGGGAAUUUUAAGAAUGGCUUGGAGGAUGGGUAUGGAGAGUGCACGAUGCCUAACAAAGUCUCCAAUAAGACAGAAACCUACAUGGGACACUGGAGAGAAGGCAAGAUCCAUGGUUUCGGAAAAUACAAGUAUGCUUCUGGUGAGGUCUAUGAAGGCAACUUCUGCGAUGGCCUGCGACAUGGUUAUGGCAUGCUAAGCUCCGGUACGAUGACCAGAACGUCCUCCAGUGUUUUCAUUGGCCAGUGGGUCCAAGACAGGAAGAGCGGAUAUGGAAUCUACGAUGACAUCACAAGAGGUGAGAAGUACAUGGGACUGUGGCUGGAUGACCAGCGGCACGGCAGCGCUGUGGUGGUCACACAGUAUGGUGUGUACUACGAGGGCACCUUCAGAGACAACAAGAUGACAGGUGCAGGUCUGUUGCUGUCAGAUGAUGACACCACAUUUCACGGCGAGUUUUGUGAUGACUGGACCGUGAACGGGAAGGGUGCUUUGUCUCUAGCUAACGGUGACUCUUUAGAGGGCGUAUUCAGUGGGGAGUGGGCGAGCGGGCUGAAGGUGAUCGGAACCUACACUAAACCGAGCCUGGACGAGGUGGACAGCAAAGACACAAACGUCAUGUUCAGGUUGGGUCAGUAUCUGGUGCCUGCGGGUCAGAGAUGGAGCUGUGUGUUUGAGGAGUGCUGGAGUCGACUGGGCUGCAGUGGCCCCGGGAGAGGAGAGAGGACGGUCGCCUGGGAGAAAAUCGCCGUUACCAUCACAGCCACACGACGACACUGCCCAGAGCUCAGUCGGUCUCAGAGGAAAGUUUUGGAGAGUUUGGAGAUUAUUCCUCAGCACGAAGCGCCAGUUACCACAUCAAACUACAACAUCAUACGACGAUACCUCACCAAGGCGUGUGAGACACCCUUCCAUCCUCUGGGCUGGCUGGUGGAGACACUGGUGACAGUCUACAGGAUGACCUACGUGGGCGUAGGAUCCAACCGCAGGCUACUCACACAGGCCGUCCUUGAGAUCAAGGCCUACCUCACACAUUUAUACAGCAUCGUCAGGUUUCUGUUUCCAGGGUUACCAGAUGAGGGCGGUAUCAUUCCAGAUACUCCUGUUUGUCCGUCCUCAUGCACCCAAAAUCUGAACGUUAACACAGCAAAACAAAGCAGCAUUCCUGUCAUUAGCUGCUCCUCUUUGCUCCUCCCUCUGCUGCUCCCUCGACUCUAUCCUCCUCUUUUCACACUGUACUGCCUGCGGGAAGAGCAGGACGAGGCGCAGUACUGGGAACACAUCCUGAGGCUCAACAAGCAGCCCGAUCAGUCGCUCCUCACUUUCCUGGGAGUACAGGAGAGGUUCUGGCCAGUGUCCAUGUCCAUUCUGGGAGAGAAAAAACAGAUUGUGUCCAGCAGUAGAGACUCCUGCUUUGCGUCUGCCGUGGAGACGCUGCAGCAGAUCAGUACGACCUUCACGCCGUCAGACAAACUCCUGGUCAUCCAGAGAACCUUCAAGGAGUUGACACAGGAAGUGAAAUGUUUGCUGGAUGAUAUCCUGUGGAGUCUUGAUGACCUGCUGCCCGUCUUCCUGUAUGUGGUGCUGAGAGCGAGGAUCAGGAAUCUGGGAGCUGAAGUGAGUCUGAUUGAAGAUUUGAUGGAUCCAAACCUUCAGCACGGAGAGCUGGGGAUGAUGUUCACCACACUCAAGGCGUGUUACGUUCAGAUCCAGCAGGAGUCGACCACGUAGCAUGAAGACGUUCCACGGUCAGCGUUGGCGUGUGCUAUGAAACAUCACACGUGAGGUUCGGCUGCAGAAGAACCAGACAGAGUAAGUCAGCAGUUUUGUGCCGGAGCUGAGUGCAGAGCCACAAACACUCAACAGAGUGAUGAGGGGCCGUGCACAGCCAGACGCCUCGUGCACGCCAGGUCUGUGCCUGUGACAACAGCAGCUCCGCUCACAGAGUCUGAAGACAUCCAAAAACACUUUGUUGGAUUUAAAGGUUGGUGUUUGCGUCAGCAGCAAAAGCACAAACCAAAAUAUUUACAUCUUUUUUUGUAGAAAAUCACUUCACGACUGUCAAACAUUCAUUUUAUAUUCACAUCAGAUGUAAUUCACAGAAAAUGGUUACUGUCUAUGAAAUAAUUUGCUGACAGUGGUACACACUCACACUGAAGUAUUUUCAGCUGAAGUGUGGAGUUUUUUGAGUUCUCAUCCAGCGUCUGGUCAGAUUUCACUCACACUGGAUCUGUGACCAGUGAUGAUGAUGAUGAUGAUAUUAAUAUUAUUAUCGUCCUAUAACCACAUUUUACGCUCUCACUGUUUUCACUCUCACGUCACGUGUGUUUGUGUUCACGUGUAAAAACGUCGGGAUUAUUGAGGUCAUUGGUGGAUUUCACAGCAUCAGAUGUAUUUUUAUUUCACACCUCGGCAGAGUUCAUCGGAAACAUUUAAUGACAGUUGCAUUAUCCGGUGACGUUUGUGCACCGCAGUGACGGUAGUGCAGCGUUUUUAUUUGUGUAUAUUUUAAAGGUUCUUUAUAAUGAAUGAAACCUGUUUCUGUUCUUAUAUUAGUGCAGCAGGUAAAUGCAUAGAUCAUAAGAAACUUUCAUUUUGUGGUACAAGCACCUAAUUUGGCACACUACGUUUUUGCUAAAAAGCUGUUAGCCACUUCAAUUUUCAAGAUGCCGCACAUUUUGUUCAAGAUUUUGCCCAAGAAUUUUUGUCACAUUUGCAAAAUCUUGGUUCAUUUCUGUGUUAUACCUGUUAAAUAUUGGACUGUGGACUAUGGGGGGGGGGGGGGGGGUUGAAAUUGACUUUAGCCAAUAUGUUAAUGCUUUUUAGAUGGAUUUUCUAUGUUUUUGAUCAGUGUACGUGCAUGCUGUAGAAUGUGUGAUGGUGUUUUGGGGUGUCAGGCUUUAGUUGUACAUGAAAAUUCAGUAGGGUAUAUCUUCUAUUAUACACACCAAUUCUAAGGUAGAACUCUACUAGUGUAAAUGUAGUACUUGUACUUUUAAAGUCAGCCACGUGCUUUGGAUGGACACCAGUCCUCACUGCUUAUCUAACUCUUACCUAAGGGUCCAAGUAGUUGUUUGUGUUCAGAGAUGGCCACAAACCAGUAAGAAGAAGACAGAGAGGUUCUCUGGGAUGGAGUUUGUUUUGCUCCCAAAUCAGUGCAUGAAGACUGGAAACGUCCAGAACAGACUGUUGAGCAGCUGAAACAAUGACUUCAACAUUAUCCCCCCAAAAUUAAAAUUUCAUGUGGCUAACAGCUUUUCAGAAGUAUUUAUACUGAUGUUGAUGGUUCUACUGUAAUUUAGAGUUUAAUCUUGACAUCCGGUGUUAAACUUGUGCCAAAUCAACAUGCAGGUCCAACUCAGAUCUGCUGUGGCCACCCUGAGGUGAAACAAGGGAGCAGCCAAAUGGUUUCUCCACAUAUUAUUGACACCGCAACAUGAUUCUACAGUACAGAUGUGAAACAUAAAAGUUCUUUUUUUUUUUUUUUUUUUCCCCAAACGGAGGCUCGAGAAGCCGACAGAACCAACAUGUUGCACACUGGUCAAAAGACAUUUUAGCACUUUAGUUGGACUCAGCAGAUUAAGACAAGCACUUGCGUUACUUUAAUUCAGGAAGAUGUUUAACGGGAAAGUGUUCCUCAAACACUUAUCAAAAACAAAUCAAUGUUACUUAUAAAAGGAAAAUUCUGCUCCUCUAUCAAACUUAUCAACUCAGUUGAUAGUGACAGUGAGUACAGAUGGUUUAAAUUCUUUAUUUAAAUGAAUUAUUUAUGUUUAAAUCUGGAGAGGUGGGGGGCACGACUUGAUGGGGAAUGUUGUUGGUUUUUUGUUUUUGCAUCAGUUGGUUGGGAGAAAUUUGAAAGAAUUUCACAUUCAGCUGCAUCAUAAUCAUGUUGGGAAAAAGACCAGAGAAGGAAACGUGCAUGAAAUGGAUAAACUGUAUGUCAAACACAUUAAAUGCAUUAACUCUGUGCAGCAGCCAAACAGACGUCAAAACUGUCCUUUAAAUUAAAAAAAGUACCCCCCCCCCCCC